CCCAUUUAUUUCGUGCCCGUGCUCGUGUCGUGCUCUAACCGUGCCGUGCCGUGCUAGCCCGUGGGCGGCACGGCCCGUUGCCCACGUACAGCCACAACGACGACAAUGGCGGCCAGAAUAUUGCAAAGAGGGAAAUCAAAGGCACCGUGGUGCUGAUGAAGAAGAACGUGCUGGAGUUAAAUGACGUCAACGCUUCGGUCGUCGAUCGCUUCGACGAGCUCUUGGGGCGGGGAGUAUCCCUGCAACUCAUCAGCUCCGUUCAUGGCGACCCUCUGGACGCGAAUACGCGCAGCUUCUCUGUUCAUUCACCGCCGCCGCCGCCUCUGUGAGCUCUCCCUCUCAGAGUCUCAGUUCCUCAUCCUCUCCUUUGAGCAGCCGCCGCCUCAGAGUCUCUGUUCCUCAUCCUCUCCUUUGAGCAGCCGCCGCCUCAGAGUCUCAGUUCCUCAUCCUCUCCUUUGA